GGAGAUGGACCUUUCUUGUUUCCUCUAUAUAAACCCAAGACCCGCCUGUGAGUUCCCCAUCUCUCCAUUAUCGACCAAACAGGAGCUUCCAACUCUCUUGUUAAACAAACUACGGUAACGUUCUCUGCAAAGGGAGAGAAGAAAUAUCGAGGAAUCUCAAUUCGGUUUUGAGAAUUUGAAGAAAUGGCAAAGAAUGUCGGGAUUCUCGCUAUGGACAUCUACUUCCCUCCUACCUGUAUUCCACAGGAAGUGCUGGAGGCUCAUGAUGGUGCAAGCAAAGGGAAGUACACUAUUGGACUUGGACAAGAUUGCAUGGGAUUUUGUACAGAGGUGGAAGAUGUCAUCUCAAUGAGUUUGACAGUUGUUAGUUCACUCCUGAAUAAUUAUAAUGUUGAUCCUAAACAAAUUGGUCGACUGGAGGUAGGGAGCGAGACUGUGCUUGACAAGAGCAAAUCCAUUAAGACCUUCUUGAUGCAAAUUUUUGAGAAAUGCGGAAACACAGACAUUGAGGGUGUUGACUCAACCAAUGCCUGCUAUGGGGGGACUGCAGCUUUAUUCAACUGUGUCAAUUGGAUUGAGAGCAGCUCGUGGGAUGGGCGCUAUGGGCUUGUUGUGUGUACUGACAGUGCGGUGUAUGCUGAAGGACCAGCACGACCAACCGGAGGAGCAGGUGCAGUUGCCAUGCUAGUAGGGCCUGAUGCUCCUAUUGCAUUUGAAAGCAAACUCAGGGGUAGUCAUAUGGCACAUGCCUACGACUUUUACAAGCCCAAUCUUGCUAGUGAAUAUCCAGUUGUUGAUGGGAAGCUUUCUCAAACAUGCUAUCUCAUCGCUCUGGAUUCUUGCUAUAAACAAUUAUGCCACAAGUAUGAGAAGCUGGAUGGCAAACAAUUUUCUCUUUCUGAUGCCGAGUAUUUUGUUUUUCAUUCUCCAUACAACAAGCUUGUACAGAAAAGCUUUGCUCGUCUGUUGUACAAUGAUUUUUUGAGAAAUGCCAGCUCUGUUGAUGAGUCUGCUAAAGAAAAGCUGGCACCAUUUUCUGCAUUAUCCGGUGAUGAAAGCUACCAAAGUCGAGAUCUUGAAAAGGUAUCCCAACAACUUGCAAAGUCCUUAUAUGAUGCCAAGGUGCAACCAACCACACUGAUUCCGAAGCAAGUGGGAAAUAUGUACACAGCAUCACUCUAUGCAGCAUUAGCAUCGGUCAUACACAACAAGCACACCUCAUUGGCGGGGCAACGGGUUAUAUUAUUCUCAUACGGGAGUGGUUCGACUGCCACAAUGUUCUCAUUGCAAUUUCAGGAAGGUCAACAUCCAUUUAGCUUGUCAAACAUUGCAAACGUGAUGAAUGUUGCUGGCAAGUUGAAGUCAAGGCAUGAGCUUAUCCCGGAGAAGUUUGUUGAGUUAAUGAAGCUAAUGGAACACAGAUAUGGGGCUAAGGACUUCGUGACAAGCAAGGACACCAGUCUUUUGGCUCCGGGAACAUACUAUCUCACAGAAGUUGACUCCAUGUACAGGAGAUUUUACGCGAAGAAGGAUGGUGACAGCACCGCCUGUGAGAAUGGCGCAGUUGCCAAUGGUCACUGAGAGAAUGAACAAAAGGUUGCAAACACUGCCACGAAGGUUGUAUUAGUUGUUAUUUGACGUCAGUGACUGUUGAAUUUUCAUGCUUCCAUAAGUUAAUUGUAUGCUAAAGCAAAUAGUUCCUUUAGCAGCAGGUGUUUUCAGUGUUUUUUUCGCUUCUCUGGUUAAUAAAAAGCAUCUAAGUAUCUGAUUCCAUAUUUCCA